AUCACCCUCUACAGAAAAAAGAAGCUCACCUGAACUCUUUAGGUAGGCGAAAAUGGCUGAGCUGCAGAUGGUUGGGGUCCUACUUCCAAGAGUGAAACUGGGAAAUCAGGGAUUAGAGGUCUCAAAGCUGGGGUUUGGUUGUAGGGGACUGUCCGGAGGCUACAACAAUCCUGUCCCUGGCGAUGUUGCUAUUGCAAUUAUCAAGCAUGCAUUCAGUAAAGGAAUCACGUUCUUUGAUACAGCAGAUGCUUAUGGAGCCCAGGCUAAUGAAGUCUUGAUUGGGAAGGUCUCGAAGCUGGGAUUUGGUUGUGCAGGAUUGUUUGGAGUCUACGACAACCCUGUCUCUGAAGAACUCGCUGUUUCAAUCAUCAAGUAUGCAUUCAGCAAAGGAAUCACAUUUCUUGAUACAUCAGACUUUUACGGACCCAAUGCUGAGCUUUUGGUUGGAAAGGUAUUGAAGGAGCUACCUCGAGAAAAGAUCCAGUUAGCCACCAAAUUUGGUCUUGUUAGAGCUGAACCUACUCAUAUGGUAGUGAAUGGUACCCCUGAGUAUGUCCGCUCCUGUUGUGAGGCUACUCUUAAACAUCUCGAUGUGGGAUACAUUGAUCUCUACUAUCAACACCGAAUUGACACUUCAAUACCUAUCGAGGAAACUAUGGGGGAGCUUAAGAAGUUGGUUGAAGAGGGAAAGAUUAAGUACAUCGGGCUAUGUGAAGCUAGCUCAGACACAAUAAGGAGGGCUCAUGCAGUUCAUCCCAUUACUGCCAUAGAAAUGGAGUGGUCCCUUUGGACUCGAGAAAUUGAAGAAGAAAUUCUCCCACUUUGCAGGGAACUUGGAAUUGGGAUAGUUCCAUACAGUCCUCUCGGCCGCGGGUUUUUUGGUGGCAAGGCUGCAGGGGAAAAUUUGCCUGCAAACAGUUUUCUGAGAUCAAAUCCUAGGUUUCAAGGUGAGAAUUUUGAAAAGAACAAGCUCCUCUAUGCUAAAAUAGAGAUGUUGGCAGAAAAGCACAGAUGCACUCCUGCACAACUUGCCCUUGCUUGGCUUUUUCAUCAAGGGGAUUAUGUGGUGCCUAUACCCGGAACGACCAAGAUUAAAAAUAUUGAUAACAAUAUCGGUUCCUUGAGAUUAAAGUUCACACAAGAAGAAUUAGAAGAGAUUUCUGCUGGAGUGACACCAGAAGAGGUGGCAGGAGCUAGAGUAGCUGAUAAUUUGAUUCGUUGCUCGUGGCGGUUUGCAAAUACACCCGCAAGGGAGACCAAGAGUUCAAAUCUGUGAGUGCAGUAGGAUAAUUUGCGGACAUAUUCAUAUUCUGAGACUAUUUUGAAACUAGAUUCUCCAUUAAUAUGUCCCAAUUGAACUGAAGACAUAAUUUAUGUUUCUUAGAAUAACAUUAAUGUUGUUGGUUUUAGUGUAUCAAAGCAUAUUUUUCAUGCUUUCAUGCUCCUUAACCAAAAGAUUAAUGCAUAACAUCUCAUGAAUAAGAUGGGGGAAAAGAGCCCUUCGGUUCUUUUGU